CCUGUGGAGCGGCCACAGCGCGCGAAAAUUCCAAUGGUGCGGCGCGCUGCGCCCCCGGACUGUGGUAUGGCUCAGGACACUACAGUGCCCAAACUGAACUUUGAAUAUUGGCUGGAUAAAGCUGUUGAAUGGGGUCAAGCCACUACACUGGAAUCCCAGAAAGAUGURUGCCUUCACUUGCCGCAGCUCCAGGAGUUUCUACAUCAGCUUUAUGAAACUUUAAAACAUUUGCAGGGUUCAAUUGUAGCAAUUCAGCAGUUCCCUCUAAUUGGACAGCUUCUAGGAAGGCUCUGUUGGAAUCCUUUUGUUAUAGGAUAUGAUGAAAGCCAGAAGACUCUGAUGUGGUGCUUAUGUUGUCUGUACAGCAGUGAACCACAGAACCCAGUGGAACUGAAGGCCAACAGCUGGAUACGGAGUUUGCUGUGCCAUCUCCUUUCUUCUUCUAAGUGGGAAAGUAGUGAAGCUGAAACUAGUACAUUCAUAUCAACUCUGGGCUACACGUCAGAAGAUUAUUAUUGUCACUUGGUUAAAAAUAUGGUAUUUUCAUUAGUAACAGAACUCAGAGAAAACCGGUUCAAUGGACUUAAUAUUCCGGGGAGCAUUUUAGCCAGUCGUGUGAAUGCUGUGUCCAUUUUCUGUGUCCCUCUCAUUACUUUGCCKGAUCUAACUCCAUUGCUGGAAACUCUGCUUCUUUACCAUGGAUGUUCUUCAAAAGAAAUUCUCAGUUCAGAGUUUCUAGAGGCUGUGAAUGAGGCCUUUUUAAAGAAGAAGAUCUCCCUUCCUGAAUCAGCAGUCUUCAGCCUCUGGCUCCGUCACUUACCAAGCCUUGAAAAAGCUGCCUUACAUCUUUUAGACCAGUUGGUUUCCAUUCAGUUGAAUUCACUGGAGGAAGUGGCGUGUGUCAUAAAAGACUCACUGCUGCCAAAAGCAGCAAGCCAUCCUGCCAUUUUCAGAAUUGUAAAUGAAAUUUUCAAGAAAGCAUUGAUGGAAACUGAUGGAGCUUCAGAAGUUAUGACAAUAAUACAGGUGUUUACACAUCUCUUCCUUCAGGCUCAUCAGAAUGAAAACAAACAGCAUAAAUUUCCACUGAAGGCAUACUUUCCGUACCAUCACCAGCCUCUUGUAAGAGGUUUAGUCAGACGUCCUUUUGAAUUCCCAACUACAUAUUGGUCUCAACACUUGAAACACAUUUCGGACAUGCUCAAAGCCUUAGUAGAAGAUACAAACAUUAGUUCUCUCACUGACCUUUUUGAAAUCUGGUUUUUGGCUGCUUGUUUUGGAGAAUGGCUGGAUAUUGCAGCAGAACAAUUAAUGAAGGCUGCUGUGGAAUCAGAUGCUGUGCUGUGGCUGCUGGCAUUUUACUACUGUCCUAAGAAUGAAAAUCAACAAAGGACUCAAACAAUGGUAGAAGCUCAAUCAGUCUACAAUUAUCUAAUGACACUCUUCAGCUGUACAGACCUUUCUCUCAAAGAUCUGGAGCCUGCCAUAAACAGGAUAAUGGGUACAGAGCAGUGUUGUAACCAGCAGCUUAUAACACAUCUUCUGAUCAACUUUUUGCUCUUUUCACCUGGUGGUUGUAAGAUUGCCCAGGAAUGCAUUUACCAUAUUACUGAGACAACUGAUACAAGAAAAGAAGUUUAUAGMCUUCUUCUCCGUACUGCAUACAGAUUUAACCAUAGUGGAAACGAAAACCAAAGGACUGUGAAGCUGCUGAAUGAACUUCUUCAAAAACUUAGAUUGAAAGUUUAGAAUUUUAAUGUCAUCUACUUAUCAAGCCAACAAAUCAGAUCUUCAUCAGGUGUCAGACUUCCAUUAGCAUCUUGCACUGCAGGUUACCAAGGCCAGAAAGAUACCUAUAUAAGUUAUAUCUGCUAAUUAGGAUUUACUCAUCUAUAUUUUAAAAUUGCUUGCUGUUUGGAAAUAUUAAACUUUUUGAAACAUAAUAGUAAAUAUUAAAAAUGUUUGAAAAUUUUGUUCUGAGCAUCUUCGUAACAAGAUACCUACAUCAUUUAAAGUAGUUCACUCGUCUCCUUGUUUAUCUGGCUGAUGAUCAGAUUUUCUUCCAAAAUACACAUGUGGGUUUUUUUUAGCAAGUGAUAUCCUAUUCCUUGAUUGGUAAGUUGUUGCUAAAAUGUUUUGUUCUGUGCCUCUGCUUUUGUGAAACUAACAAGUGAUUUGUGGUGUUCUUGGGAAAUAAGUGAUGUUUCCUGAAUUCUUUCCUUCAUUUUGAAAAUGUUUCCAAAAUGAAUCUCUUCCCAUAUUAGCUAAAUGUGAGUUUUUUUUCAACUACUGCAAUUUUCACAGGACAGUGUUCUCCUCAGAGUACUAUGCCAAUAGCUGAUCUUGGUCAACAGACAGUGCAGGCAGAAGAUUGCUUGCAGUACAGCCCACUUGAGUGUGCCAUGACUGAUGCUGUUAUUUAUUAAUUUAAGAAAUAKGGGGGUUUUAUUCAGACUAAAGAGGGCAAGCAAAACAGAGACAUAAGAACAUUUUCCAGUUUGAGGGACAAAUUUCCUAUAAAGGUUGCAACACAUGUCCUUCAUGUUUGUGUCCAGCAGUAGUUUGCUUACUUCUUUGCUUAGGUUACUUUUAUCUUAUGUAAGGAGCAUAGACAGGUAGCAACGGCUUACGGUUUUACCCUUAGGAAAGUAUUUGUCCCAGGAAGUUUUGUGAACCUGUUUCUAGCCUAACUARAACAAUAAACAGGGAGAAUAGUAGUGACAGAGCAUCUUAACUUUCCUCAGUAAUAUGUUCUCCUAUAUUACUUAGUUGCAAUGCCAACACUUGUGCUAUGUUCAAAGAUGCUACUUGGAAUACUAUUCUUGCAUGUAAAAUCAGGGACAUGUAUCUUGAAUUUAUAAAGCUUUUUGAAUGUACCAUUUGCUUUUGAGCAAAGGGGAAAGCAAAACAAUGUACUUAGUGUCCCUUGGCUGUAAGAAGUGGAAAUAUAUUUUCKGUUAUUGCUGUUGACUGAUUUCUUACAAUUUUGUUCCCAGUGAGUCACAUUGCGGAAGUUACAUGCCCUCUCAGUCAGUUUGCUAGUGAAAAAAUAGCAAACACAUGAUGUAAGUCUGCAAAGAAAYGGUUUUUUUUCCUCUUUUUUGAUACAAAAUAUUUUAAAAUAAAAAAUUAGAAAGAGAUACGUUGAAAUUUUUCUGUUGUUAAUACCACACAUAUCUAAAAAAGUAAAAUCAAGCAACAGUUUUCUGUUCCCUGAAUACCAUAACUGAAAAGCAUGGGAUUAAACUAAAUUAUUUGUUGAUCACUCACUCAGAGUUAUUUGUCUAGUGAAAACAGAUGUGGAGUGCUCUAUCUAGAAUGAUAAAUAAUACAAAAUUUUAACCCAAAGGAAGAAUGAUGGGGUUUUUUUUUUGUUUUUUGCUUUUC